UAUACACAUGCAGACCAACUACUCUGUCCUUCACCUUAUUCCUAUCUUCCUUUUAUCUCUGUUCUGUUUAAAUAGCACUCUGAAACAUCGUCAGAUUCACCUUAUAUCCUCUUCCAGAAUGGAUAUCGUAAUCGAACACAACCCUUCAAGCAUAAAGUUAUCUGAACUUGGAGUCAUGUCAUGGCCUAAAUGGUCUUGUCAGCCGGGGAGAUAUGCAUUGGUGUUUGAAGAAAGAGAGACAUGCUAUUUGGUGAAGGGAAAGGUGAAGGUGUAUCCAAAGGGUUCAUCAUCAGAGUUUGUAGAGUUUGGUGCAGGAGACCUUGUGACCAUCCCCAAGGGACUUAGCUGCACUUGGGAAGUAUCUCUUUUCAUCGACAAACACUACAAGUUCGAUCCUCCUACUUAAUUUUUCCUUACUUACGAUCUAGGUUUGGGUUAGUCUUUAUAACCAGGAAGCAUAUAAGAUUAUGUAUUCAGACUAAUAAAGUAUAGAAGACAAUGCUUAGGAUAUGUACAAAAGCUCCUCCUAGAGUUAUGUUUCUUUGUUUGCCAGAACUAUAAUCUCAGAGUAUAAGCCCUCUAGCUAGUUCAGAGAGACUAAGGUAAAGGGGGUUUUAGCUCAUGGGAGUAACUGUAUUCCUAAGCUUCUGGAAAUUCGUCUGAAGUAUCACAGAUAAGAGUUCCAGAUUCGUGCUAAUGAAAAGUUGCUAAUGCUAACUUGAGGAUUCCCAAA